AUGUCUAUUACUGAAUUCGUGCUGAAAAGCAAUUUCAUAAGUUUAAAUGUUAUUACUAUGAAUUGCACGGCGUUAUUUUUAGUUCACACAAUUGGACAAAGAGUUACCACAGCGGCGGGUAAUAUUGCCGAAGCUGUUUAUAAUUUAAAUUGGUUCGAAGCUGAUGUUUCAACACGAAAAAAUAUCUUAAUAUUACUGUGUAUGAGCCAAAAACCACUUGUUCUAGGGGCCCCUUUGUUCGGCCCAUACUCUCAUACCGCAGCAGUUAAGGUGCUUUCUUUAAUUAUGGAUCGCUGGUUGCAACCCGGAUGUUCUAAACGCAAAGUAAACGAAAUUGAACGAACUGCAACUUAUGAAAUUAUCGAAGACGAAACUUCUUCAAAACCGGUUAACAAAAAAGCAAGGAAGACUCGAAAAUACGACAAAGAAUACCUUAAAUUGGGCUUCUCGUGGAGUGGUGAUGAAAAGCAACCCAUUCCACUUUGCGUAAUUUGUUUUAAAAACCUUACCAAUGAAAAGCAUUUGGACGGAUUACAAGAGGGCCUGAAAAAUUAUUUUCCGGAUUUAACGACAAACCUCGAAUGGAUAAGACAACCGUUUAAUAUUGAUUCAUCUGCCAUGCCAGAUAAUUUAUCUAAUGUGGAACAAGAACAGCUCUUGGAGUUAUCUGCAAACGAAUUUUUGAAAAAUAAACAUAAAGAGUGUUCUUUAGCAUCUUUUUGGCUGCAAAUGCAACAACUAUAUCCGAAUUUAACAGAAAAAGUGUUAAAACAUGUUUUGCCAUUUUCUACAUCAUAUCUAUGUGAAGUUGCGUUUUCAGCAUUAGUCGAUAUUAAGUCGAAAAAAAGAAACAGGAUUUUGGAUGUAGAGCCGCAUCUUCGAUUAAAAUUAACGAAUAGGGAACCUGAUUAUAAUCAUUUGGCAUCAUCUCAACAUAAACAAAUUCAUCCAUCCCACUGA